UAUCACCGACUAGGAUUAUCUAACAGUUUAAGUACAGUUGAUAUAGUUGAUGCGCAAUCAAAAUAUGGUUUUUGGGGGUGGAAUUUGUGGCGUCAACCUAUCGGUUUCAUUGUUUUUCUAAUUUCUUCACUAGCAGAAUGUGAAAGAUUACCUUUUGAUUUACCAGAAGCAGAAGAAGAAUUAGUAGCGGGUUAUCAAACAGAAUAUUCGGGUAUUCGAUUUGGUUUAUUUUACGUUGCUUCCUAUUUAAACCUUUUAAUUUCUUCAUUAUUUGUAACAGUUCUUUACUUGGGCGGUUCAAAUAUCUCUAUUCCGUACAUAUUCGUUUCUGAGUUUUUUGAAAUCAAUAAAACAUAUGGAGUUUUUGGAACUACAAUUGAUCUCUUUAUUACAAUUGAUCUCUUUAUUACAUUAGCUAAAACUUAUUUUUUCUUAUUCGUUUCUAUCAUAACAAGAUGGUCUUUGCCUAGGCUAAGAAUGGAUCAAUUAUUAAAUCUUGGAUGGAAAUUUCUUUUACCUAUUUCUCUCGGUAAUCUAUUAUUAACAACUUCGUCUCAAUUGUUUUCACUCUAAAAGAUUUAUUUUCUAUAUUCAUAACU